AACAGUGCUAGACUUGGUGAUUUAGUUGAGGAAAAAGUGGUUCAUUGUCCCUACCCACCCAAAUUAUUUUUUAUCUUUCUCAGUUUUUCCUGGUUUUUUUUUGUUAUGAAUUGCUUUUAUUGAAAGUUUAUAUUAAUUGACAAUCAUUAUGGAAUUUUAUGUGUGUAUAUGUAUGUGUGUGUGUAUACAGGAAUUUCUAGAGGCUUUGUGGUUGCAAAGACAAAAAUGAAACAGUCCUUGCCCAUAACUUCCAUUUUAUCCAGGGGGAAAAGCAUAUAUUUAAGCUCACAUAUAAACUUGUACUGUUUGGUACUUAAAACCCAUCAUACCCCCAAACCAACUUUCCAGCCUUAUAUGUUACUCUUCUUUACAUACACUCUGUGGUUCAGCCAAACCGACCUUUUAGCUGUUUAUCUCACAUGACACUCCAUCUCCCAUGCCUUUUCAUUGGCUAUCUCCCAUGUGUGGAAUACAGUUUUGCUCCCCUUCCACUUAGAAAACCUAAUCUUCCUUCAAGAUUCAGCUCAAGUACCACCUUCUUCAUGUAGUCUUGCCUGAUUGCCUUCUGUCUUUGUAUUUGCCUUCUCUUGACUUGUAUUUAUUUUGUCAUGUAAGCCCCUUGAGGGCAGUAACUUUCAUUUUUUUUCUUCUUAUCCCCCACCAUUUAGCACAGUGCUUUGUCUUUAAUAAAUGCUUGUUGAAAAAUAAAUAAAUAAAUAAAGUGCUUGUUCAUUGAUUGAAGUAAAAUAUACAAAUAAUUUAACAUAUGCUCUGAUACUUGGAGAUUUUAAUACAAAAGGAAGAAAGUUGGAUUUGGGGAGAAAGGGGAAAAGAUGGUACAGGAAGAAGAAAUCAAAGAGGUCAAAUAUUUGGACAUUAUCCAGAAGACUCAUGCCUCAGUAUCAUGACUUUUUGAGAAAAGAAGUGAUGGGUCCAACCAUUUUGGGGAGCAGUCUGGAAUUAUGCCUAAAGAGUUACAAAACUGUAUACUUUUUGAUCGAGCAACACCACUCAGUUUCCCAAGAUGUUUUGCAUAUUUUACAAUGAAAAACCGAAUACCACAAAUCCUAACAAAGGUUAUAAAUGCAUUAAAUCAACAUAAAAAUGAGUUCUUUGAGAAACAUGGAGAGGCAGGCACUGAAGCAGAAAAUAAAGCUGUCUCUCUUAUUUCUAAGAUAAGAAAUGAACUACAGGCUGAUGAGCCAUUACUGCCCUUGACUGAUAACUGGGUUGAUACUGAUAUAUGGAACAAAUACCUGGAAUAUCAACAUAGUCUUUUAAAUGAAAAUAAUAAAAAAAUAAGCUGGUUUCAUUCUCCUUGGUUGUAUGUAGAGUGUUAUAUGUACCGUAGAGUUCAUGAAGCAUUAAUGCUAAGUUCACCAAUCAGUGAUUUUGAUGUAUUUAAAGAAUCAAAAGACCAAAAUUUCUUAGAAUCACAGGAAGCUAUUAUGAGUUUAUGUAAUUACCUAGAAGAAUUAAAUAGAAGAAUUAAAAACCUAGAUGAACAUCAACUGAAAGAUGAGUUUUUUAAACUCUUGCAGAUUUCAUUAUGGGGAAAUAAGUGUGAUCUGUCACUUUCUGGUGGUCAGAGCAGCUCCCAGAUGUCUAGUCCAUUAACCGCUUUGGAAGACCUGAAACCUUUCAUUUUAGUGAAUAAUAUGGACAACCUUUGGUCAGUACUUAUAAAUAGAAAGAAAAUGAGUCAGGAGAAAUUUCCUUCUAUUAGAGUGGAUUUUGUCCUGGAUAAUGCAGGGUUUGAACUUGUUACAGAUUUGGUAAUGGCAGACUUCCUGUUAACCUCUAAGCUGGCUACUGAAAUCCAUUUCCAUGGGAAAAGUAUUCCCUGGUAUGUUUCAGAUACUAAUAAAAAUGACAUAAAUUGGGUACUUGAAGAAUUAAAAGCUGCUAAUACUAAGUGCAUGUUUGAGUGUGGUGUUAACUGGGAGCUCUAUUUUAAAAAGCAUACAUGGAUUUACCAAGAUCAUAUGUUUUGGACUCUUCCUCAUGAGUAUUGUACUAUGGCUCAGGUUGCUCCUGACUUGUAUGCUGAACUACAGAAGUCAAAUUUAAUUCUGUUCAAAGGUGAUCUGAACUAUAGGAAAUUAGUAGCAGACAGAAAAUGGGAGUUUACAGUCCCAUUUCAUCAGGCUUUGAAUGGCUUCCAUCCUGCACCUCUCUGCAGCAUAAGAACAGUGAAAGCUGAAGUUCAAGUUGGUCUGGCACCUGGGCAAGGGGAACAGGUUACAGUUUCUGAUCCUAAUUGGAUGACCACUGGAAAAUAUGGUAUAUUUCAAUUUGAUGGGUCAGUUUGAUUUGGUUUAGGGGCUUUUUUAAACUUUUAAAGAGAAAUUCUAACAGCACAUUUCUCCCCCAGAAGAGUAUUAAAUUUAAUUACAUUGAGCAUUUGGGGUUGCCUUUUGAAAGCUUACCCUUUCAGUAUCAUUUGUCCU